UAUUUAAUAUCAACAAAGCAGUUGUAAUACCUGCAGAUAAUGUUGCAUUACUCUCUUUCUUGGAAACUAGGAAUAUUACAAUAUGUGAAAAUACUGGUGGAGAUAAGUGUGACAUGUCGAUAUUGGAGCUUAACUUUGCAUAAUAGAUACAUGGGUGAUGGUAGAAGUAGGUGAAUAUCAGCCAACUGUUCCUGAACUGAAUGAGGCUGGCGAAGUGGAGAAGGAAAUCAGUACAAAGGACGCUAAUAUAACCAUGGCAGAAAGUGAUAGCAAUCCUGCAAAAAAUCAAUCAUCAAAGUUAUCUUCUCCGUUGCAAAGAUCACAGAAUCAACCAAGUGUUGUAAAACCUGAUGUAGGUCUUAGCAAAACACCAGCAAUAGGCACUGUCCAACAAGGACCAAGACGUAGCUCAUCUCGAUCCAUCAAGAGGCCAAAGUUUGAUGAUGAAUUAGUUGAUGCCAGUGCAUUUAAACGAACCUCCUCUAGAAAGACAUCUGAAUCGAGUCCAUCUGAACCAAAAAUUAGAAAGGUUUUGUCAAAGCAACCUUCACACACAUCAGUUACUUCUCUUCAACCUAAAAAGAAGAUUAAAAAAAUUAAGCCUAGUCCUGUUCCAACAGAUUUUGGCAGGUGGCGACCUACAGACGAUCUAAGCUUAAUAAAUGCUGUCCUACAGGUCUGUGACUUGCAAACAGUGCAUCUUGCAGUCAGGUUUUCUUGUAACUUUACACAAAAAGAAAUUCAAGAUCGAUGGUUUGCACUAUUGUACGAUCCGAUGGUGUCCAGACUUGCACAACAGUCAAUGAAAGCACUUCCUUCUGAUGUUAUUAACCAGAUCAUGAAAAAUGCUCUUUGGUCACGUGAUGAGGAUUGUAUUUUGGCAGAUAUAAACAUUGAAAACAAUCCCACGAUACAAGAUUUCCAGAAAGUCUUAGAAGACAACAUUGAUGUGUUUCAUCGAACGCGUGACGCGAAACAUCUUUACAACCACUGGCUGUUGUUGCGUCAUUACCACUUAUUAUCAUGUCAAUCAGCAAAAAGUAUUUCGAGCAACGUACAAACGAAGGUAGCUGAGAUGGAGAUGAAAAUUAAUGACGAUCAGAUAAUAGGCCCCGAAGACGAUGCACUAAAACAAGAAAUGUCGUUUACUGAUCGAUGUCAUAAGAGAGAAAUAAGGAGAUUGGAGAAAGAGAUUUCACAGUGGGAAAUUUUAAUUGAAAAGUCUGGGUUAGUAGAAGGUUUAGAAGUGUCUGAUUUUCAUGAUGAAACACUUGCAGUGUUAAAAGGCCGAAUACUGAAGUAUCAGAUCAACAAAAAAAAGGUGGUUGUUGGGAGAAAAUCAUUUGAUGUAGAUGUUGAUAUAGAUUUAUCCAUUGAAGGUCCUUCUUUGAAAAUAUCACGACACCAGGGUGUGAUCACAUACGAGAAGAACGGUUUUACUUUGUUAAAUUGCGGUCGGCGACCAUUUUAUGUGAAUGGAACGCCUCUUGCGACAGGCAGUACAACACGCCUGAUAAACAACAGCGUCAUUGAGAUUUAUUGUAUCAAACUGUUGUUCAAUAUCAAUCCUAACUUGUCAUCUGAAGAUCAAAAAACAGACAUUGAGAAAAGCCUCCCACCGACUGUUGUCACAGCAGGUUCACCAAAGAUGUCUGACGUGAAAAUAGAAUAAAGCACGUCAGAUUUCAGAACAUCGUUUUGACUCGAUGUGCAGCGACAAUCUGCUUUUUUGCAGUACAAUGAAGUGUCUAGAUAUCAUUACACUGAAGACCAAGAGUGGCGUUAAACGAGUAAGACAAAAAGGUUUCUGAUGGAAUGAAUUUACCACAACUGGAGACCUUGUCGAAAGUUGACGAUAGCUAGUUAUAGAUGUUAACUCGAUGUCUCUACUUUUUAUCCAUCCAUGGAUUAAAGUGUGUGUCUGUCACGUUGAUAAUGGAACUAUUGAUAUAGAAGUGUUUAACUGAAACGGUUUAAUAAAGAUUGAUGAAGUGGAAUUUCAGUUAAUGUACAACUUAUUAUUAUUUAUCAAUUCAUGUGUCACAAACAGUUAAUUGAUCUUCCAAGAUUGGAGUAUUGGUUUCGAACGCUGAUAAAAUUAUGUAUAAUUUUGUAUUGACUAGAAAAUCAAAAUCUCCUUA